ACUUAAUCUACCAACAAGCGUGCUUGUGCAGAUAAAAUUUACUGAUCUUUAAAUUGGUCUACAGGAUCCAGAUUCAAGACGGCAGAAACCAUCAUUCACAAAGGUCACUUUGGGAUACAGUUACCUUCCACCAGAUUUCGGACCCCGCUACCUGGGAAAGCGCUACCUGUUUUUACUGCGAAUCGUGACAGUUUGCUUUUGAACACGGAUUCCGAGAAGGGAUUUUCAUAUACCAGCUCGUAAAUUCAUGGAGAUUAUGGGUGGAUUUCUUUCCCCUAAGGACCGGAGCUUGAAGGUUCCAGGGAAUGCCGGCCUUAGGGAUCAGGUGCUGGCACUCAAGUGGGUCAAGGAGAACAUUUCCUACUUCAAUGGCGAUCCUAAAAACAUUACGGUUUUCAGAAACAGCAGCGGUGGCAGUACCACUCACAUUAUGAUGUGCACGGAUCAGGCCAAGGGACUGUUCCACAAGGCAAUUAUAAUGUCGGGAACAGUGCACAGUUACUGGACGGAUUGCCCGAGUGAGGACUUUGCUUUUCGCCUGCAGUGUGGAUUCACUGGUGAAAAUACCGACGACAUGGUUUUGAAGCACCUUCAGGGUGUUCCUGCUAGAGAUCUUGUGAACCACAAUCUGUUAACACCCGAGCAUAAGAGGAACGGGAGGCUAUUUGCCUUUGGAACCACCGUAGAAUCGUAUGUGGGGGACGAUUGUGUAAUUCCCAAGCCGCUUAUUGAAAUGUCACGCGGUGCAUGGUCAAACAAUAUACCUGUCAUGCUGGGGGGAACUUCUUUUGAGAGUCUUUUCCUGUAUCGAAACGUAUCUGCCAAUCUGAAGACAUGGGAGAACCUAAGCCAGGAUCCCUUGAGUCCUCCGGAGGUUCGAAAAGUCAACAGCGAAGAGAAGAAUAUGGAAUAUGCCCAGCGUCUAAUCAAAGCACAUUUCGGAAAUGCUCCACCGAGUUCAGCGCUCUUUAUGAAUAUUGUCGAUUAUUAUUGCUACAGAACCUACUGGCAUGGCUUUCAUCGCACUCUCAACGCAAGACUCGCAUAUGCAAAGGCACCAACAUACUACUACCGCUUUGACUUUUAUUCUCCAAACUUCAACUUCUAUCGUGCUAAAUUCUGUGGGGAUGACAUAAAGUCUGGAGUGUCCCACGCUGAUGACCUAGGCUAUUUGUUCCGGAACUCGAAAUCUUGAAAACUAGAAAAGUCAUCUGCUGAAUACCGCACCAUCGACAGAAUGAUUGGCAUUUGGACAGCAUUCGCAGCGACCUCCAAUCCAAAUUGCGUCGAAAUUGCCCAUCUAGACUGGAAACCAUCAACAUAGGAUAAUCCAAAAAGAGUUAUUAAUAUCAGUUAUGAUGUAAAGGUGAUUGAUUUGCCCGAGUAUGAAAAACAUCAAAUUUGGGAUGGCAUUUACAAGCCGGAUCAAUUGAUCUAAUCUUAAAAGAAAUAAACACUAUUAUGCUCAUCAUGGAAACACUAUUUUACAAAACAAGAAAGAACGCUACAGUCGAAUGGAGAUAUGUAUGUAGCAAAUAAGCUGCUUUUACUAAUACGCCACCAAGCCGCUAGGGGCGCUAUAGGCUAGUUGGCAUUGUUGCCCAAGUGGCGCUAUACUAUCCUGCCCCUUUACUAUCCUUACCCCACUUUUUAUACCCGUUACUCGUAGAGUAAAAGGAAAGUAUGUAACAGGCAGAAGGAAGCGUUUCCGACCCCAUAAAGUAUAUAUAUUCUUGA